GUUCUCUUCCAUAAAAAUCCAACAAACCACAUGUUUCAUCAUUUCUACAGUUUUUGUCACGCUGAAAAUUCAAAGUGUUUAUAAAAAUGUAACCUAUAGAAGAAUAAUAAUUUCGUAACCAUGACAACCCCACCGGUUUGCUUAUUUUGUCGAACCAGUUGUAACUGCGGGUCAGAAUUCGUCCCAGUAUUUAUAACUUAUCUCAAAACUGUGAACAUCGAUGUGAAAAAAUACGAGAAAAAUUUCCGCCGUGAAGAUUUUCAUUGUUGCGAAAAAUGUGGCAGCCUUCUGGAAACAAUUUCUCGACAGGUACAAAAACUUGAGCAAGAUUUGCUUACAAUUCAACGCAUCACGUUGGAAAAUUUGGAUCGAAACGAGCUUAUCCAUAAGGACGACGAGGUUUUGGAAAAGUUGAGAAGGCAGAGCGUCUCUGACUUUACUCCUUCCAUCUCUUUGAAUAAGGAGCAGAUCCCAGAAGGACUACAACCACACCACAGCUUUAUUCCAGAUGAUGGAAUUUUAACUCCAACCGAAAUUGAAAUAGAUGCAGAUGAAAGUGACGUGGACAGUGACGUUUCUGCAAAAAUUGAAGAUGAUGACGAUGUCGAUAUCGACGAUGGAAUGAAAAAUAAUCAACUCGAUGGGGAAGAAGAAAUUGAGCUGGACGAGUUCAUGCUUUCCCCAGAGCAGGAUGACGAUCCGCUACAAUCUGAUGCAGAUUACGAUCCACUCCAAUCCGAUGAAGAUGACGGAAAUAGUUCUCCGGACGAGUCACUUAACAAAAUUGUCAGAGUCAAAGUCGUCAAGCUGGUUGAGGAGCCCCCUCAGCCCCCUGCACCUAAAAGGUAUAGGCUAAUAGCACCCAAACCUCAACCAGUGCUGCUACCCCUGCAAAAUUUUACUGCUUCAUCCCAUAACCAAAGCGACGCAAGUGUCACGGUUCGUCAUACCCGACAAGGAAUAACGGUUACAUCCCCUGAUAAGAUUGAAAAUACCUCCGAAAAGCCGGAAAUUUUCCACCGAGUAAUAUGUUCCGGGGUGGACGUAAUACAGAUGAACGAAUCAGCCUUCAAAUGUGGCACGUGUGAUUGUAUUAAAGAUUCUUUGGGUAGUAUGGCAGCACACGUCCAAACAGAACAUAAUGCUCUCAUUCGUUUCCCUAUCAAAGGCGCCUCAUCUCUGUUCCAAAGUACAAAUGUUUCUUGUUGGGGACAAGCAAUCACAAAGGAUUCAUAUUCUUCUCCUGCUUCCCAAAGUACAAGCAUUCCAGACAAAAAGUGUGACAGGUGUGAUCUAUCUUUUGAAACGGAGGCAUCCCUGAUUGACCACAACUCUGCGGUUCAUUAUAACGGGGCGCGAUUUGUUUGUGAAUCUUGCAAACUUGGAUUUAUAGAAAAAGAGAAUCAUGACUAUCAUGCUCGAAAAUGCAACGGGUCCUCAUCACAGGAUGGAAUGGGGGCUUCUGAGCAAAUCGUAAUCGCCGACUCGGUUGGGACUUAUCUCGGCGUGGAAAUUAAGCAAGUUGUCUCUGAGGAGGACCAGCGAACAUAUGAGUACGAGUGUGGUCGUUGCAAUACAAGACGUAAAAAUAAGAAACAUUUACUUCUCCACAUUCGCCUCAAGCAUACAGAUCAUGAGCCCUUCAAAUGCUUGAACACCGGGUGUGGAUUCGCCUUCGCAUCACUGGCCACUCUAAAUGACCAUAUCAGUAUAUAUCGCCACAAGCUGAAGAACGUGUGCGAAAUCUGCUCAAAUGUUUUACCCUCAUCGCGAGAGUUAAAUCUCCACGUGCUCACCGUGCACCAUAAUCUCACCCGUUACUCCUGCUCCCGCUGCGGGAAAGGAUUUCAUAUCCUUGCGACCUGUCGUCAACAUGAGGUUCAUUGUCCAGGCGUGAAGGAAAAGAAAAAAGCGAAGCCAAAGCCGAAGAAACCCAAAGCAUUGGACCCGGAUGAGCAAGCUAGGCUGAUCGAGUCGGUACGAGAAUCGAUUCGAGGACAAGGAAUACUUUCUAGUCGUUGCCAAUACUGCACCAAAACGUUAUUCGGUUCUUCCCCGGCGAUUUCCCUGCAUGAGAAAAUAUGUCAAGUGGAAGUGAGUUCUGUCGGGGUACAAAUUGAGAGCAAGUGGAGAGAAAGUCUGGUCCCUGUCGACACCGGGGCGUGGGUUCUGAAAAACGUGGAAAUUACCAAGUCACAAAUUACUCAAGAUCCUGAAGUAGUAAUGUACAAAUGUGGUGGAUGCAAUGAAACGUUUAAGGAGAGGGAUGACGCUGUAAAACAUGUCAAGGAAGCUAAUCAUUCCAAUUAAAAUUUAUAUUGGCAGCCAGUGAGUUAACACUUUACAUAGCGGGCUAAGCAUUAAAAUGUUGAUGAAAAUUUUUUUCCGCAAAGAACAUAAUUUAUUCAAUUCGACUCAACUACUAAUUUUCACAAUUUUUGUCAAAAUUUUGAUUUUCACGUCAAAAAUAUAAACAAUUAAGGCGAAUGGGGUUCAAUGUGUUGUAUUAUUUUUACCCCCAAAAAACACAUUCGCACUUUUUGUACUUUGUACUGCGGUGAAAAAGUUAUUAUUUUUUAAGACUUUUUCAACUGGCAGUUGUUUCUCUUCCCUUAAGUGAUUUUAUAAAAUAUUUAAAAAUUUGUCAUCAACAUUUUCAUGCUCAGCCCCGCUAUAUGAAGUGUAAACUCACUGGCAGUACGACAAUUUAAAAACAUGUGCCUCAUGAUUUGAUUAAGUAAAUAGUGUGCUUAUUUAUGCUAGUUGAUAUUGCCUGUUUAUUAUGGGGUUCAAUUGUUUUUUUAAUGAUUCGUAGAUGAUUAAAUGACAUGAUGUUCUAAAAAUGAAAUUAUAC